GGCUCUGAUGGAGGUGGGCGGAUUAAGAGACAGGCACGACAGUCUGGAAGCCCGCGUGGGACAGCUGGAGGCGAACAAGGCUGACCAGACCCAGCUUCAACAUCUGCGUGAUCUUCUCAAUGCCAUGGACGAGAGGCAGGUUCCUGACCAUGUGCCAGAGCAACUGAAUCAUCUGAGGACUCUUGUGGACAGCCUGCUAGCAGAUAAAGAGAAGAGCACUGAUCUGGUGAGUGAUUUAGAGGGAGCCAUACUCCAGCUGCAGUCCAAGUGUGAGAAACUCCACAGAGCAUCCAACCUCCUGAUGGAGGAACAGAGCCAGAAACAAACACACAUCGACCGCCUGCUCAAGAUAGUGGAGGAACUGGAUGAAAAGAAAGCUGACAAGCAAGUGGUGGAACUGGAGAUUGAAAUCAAAGCAGACAAGAGGGCUCUGGAGAGCAAGGUGAGCCGCAUGCAGUUCGACAGCAUGUCCGAGCAGCUCAAUAACAUGUUUCAGGAUCUGCUGAGGAAGAUCAGCGGUCAGGAGCAGGACUGGAACAAGGUGAUCGAGAAGAUCUCCACUGAGAUGGACUGCAAGUUGAACCGGACUGAGCUGGAUCCCCUGAAGAAACAGCUCGAUGAGCGCUGGAGGACCAUUCAUAAGCAUCUGCAGACACCUCCCAUCCCCGAGCAGGACGACGCCGCUGGAUUCAGGAGACAACUAGUGGCCCGGUUUCACUGCAUCUCCUGUGAUCGUCCCGUGGAUAUGAUGACACCAGGACAGCACUUGGUGAGUCUGCCCUCGGCCCCAGGACUGCCCUCUCACAAGUCCAGCCGGCCCUACACUGUGUAUGAGCUGGAGCAGGUGCGACAGCACUGCAGGAGUGAGAGGAUCCCAGAAAUGGCCGAUUACAGUUACCUGUCCCGUAACUGUGGGGGCAGCCACACCCUCACCUACCCCAGCCGCCGCUACACCCGCCUUCAGCACAUCACCCAUCUGAUCCAGAGCGAAGAAGAGAGUCAGCCCGUGUCCUCUGCACCGCCCACACAGGCAGCAGAGGUGGACAUCUUAGGUUUGGAUGGACAGGUCUACAAGGGCCGAAUGAGCAGCAGAACAGUGAGGCUCUCCGAGACAAGAUUUCCCACUAUCUCUCCUCGAGAAGGCAACUGGAAGAGCAGAGACAAGGUCAGCCGUUCACAGUCCCAGAGGUCCAGUGGAGUGGACGCUGGCCGUCGAAGUCCUUCCCGGCCACAGAGUGCCAAGACUCACCGCAGCUGCUCAGCAUCCAGCGCCUCAAUGAAAGAUCGGCCCCAGUCCUCUAUGGACUGUCUGUCCCAAAACGUCCCGCUCCAGACCUCAUUCCAUGACACCACCACAGAGCUGAAAGAAGCACUGGAGCUCCACAGAGAGCUCAACCAAUCAGAAGAUGGGCCGGUGACAUCACUCUAGAGAUCCUCCAAUAGGAGCCGCUCCAUUGUCUGAAUGAAAUGUUUACAGCAGUGCUAUAUGUGAAACAGAAGGUUCCUCUGUAACAUUGAGAAUAUCCAUCUAAGACUUAAUAAAUGUUUUUGCAAUAGCGUCAGUCAUAUUAAAUAUGCAAAACAUUUUUUGUCAUCCAAUGUGAUUCUUAAUUCGCUUUUACAUUCGAAACUCCCUCGCAGUGUUGAUCUGAUGAAUUUGACCCAGUACUUGUUGUUCAGUUCAGUUCAAACCAGAACAAAGUAUCUGGAAUAGAUCCAUGUCUGUUUCACCUCAAAUCUACCUCUUACAACAUACAGCAAUUAUAUCUGUCAGAUUUAUUAUUCAGUUGAAGUAUUACAUUUAUUUCCUUUUUGAACCUUGCCUUACAGCAUCAUGUUAGAAUAGAAAAGGGUCUUGUCCAAACUGGUUUUAUAAAUUUAGAAGCAAGCUGAAAAUUAAUAAAGUAGUCAAACCUGUUCAUUAGAAGGGGGUGUCCCAAUACUUUUGGCAAAAUAGUGUAUGUUUCAGUACUGUGAUAACACCAUGGUCUUCGUUACAGUCAGCGAUCGCACUGAAACUUACACAUGUAUAACGCUUCAGUUUACGAACACUCAUCAUAAGCAUAAUUGAGGUGUUGCCUUAAAGUGAUGUAAAUGUUGAUGUUUUUUUGGAGCGACUAGUGACUCAUUUCAUGACCUUGUGCAUUAAGCUUCAUUGUCACCCCAUUUCCAAUUUGGAUUUUGUCUUGAGAACAAUCUGAGGUCACAGAUACAAAGGUACUCGGUGUACAAUUUUACCAUGUGCAGACCACAAACAUCCUGUAGAGCAUCAUAGACGUCAUUUCCAAAUUACUGACACAGGGUUUCAUAGAAAGAAAAAAAAAAAUCACAUAUGGUUGACAAGGUAAAAAUAUUGUAAUUGACCAAUGUUAUUAUUCUGAUGUAAAAUGGUAAUAUAUGAUAAAAAUCAAAUAAUGGUAAUAUUAUAUACACCAUGUUACUGUACACCAUGAAACUCAUUUUGUAAAGGCCUGUAAAUGCAAAAAAUGAUAGGUUUAUGCAGAAAUGUCAAUCUUGCCAUUAUUCCAAUGCAAUUCCAAUCCAAAAUUGCUUCUUUCGUGGAAAAUAAAUAAUAUAUUUAAUUUAACAAAGAUAUUAGGUGCAAAAUGUCAAAACUGGUUUGUGUUACACAAAGUGAAUGUGGGGCGGAUACUGGGCACUGUCAACAACAAUAAAUAAUAUAAAAUAAACCAUCAAAAAGUCUUCUGAAGUCUUCAGUCGAAAGUUGUAUAUCUCAAAUCUCAUUUACUUUUUUGUGUAAUUCCUGUUAAUCAAUAAUGUGAGAUGCAUAAAUUGUUUAUUAAACCAUUUUGUUUAAGUUCAAUGGUACAAUUUAACAGAGAAUGGAUUUACAAACCAUUUCCAAAUUCUGUUUCCGCUUGCGUUGAAGUUACACAUAUUUCGUCCCCUUGGAAUUAUAAGGUUCUAUCUGACAUUUUUGUCAAAAUUGAGUUAUUCACAUAUUCUUAUUCUGUGUCAAUUUAUUUACAUUAUGUGAUGUUUUAUUUUAAGUUUUGUACAUUUUGGGAUUUUUUAUUGAAAAAACAAAAAGGUUCUAUCUACAGAAGUCUAUGGAACACAAAAACUUUGAAGCUCAAUAUCUCAAAACUACUGAGAACGCAGAUAGAACCUUACAAUUCCAAGGGGACGAUAUGACAAUUUAACCAAGAAUGUGUAAACAACUCAAAUGUGCAAAAAUGUACACAAAUUCAAUUCAGUGUGACAAAUUGCAAAGUGAUGGAUUUAUGAAU